GAAAAAAAGAGAGAGAGAGAGAGGAGAGAAAGCAAGAGAGAGCUGUCAAGUAUUUCAACAAAAAUAAAAAUAACAAUAUUGUUUUGAUUGUUAUUAAAUUUAUGGUACACUAAUUAUCGAAAUAAACAAGACAAACAAUAAUUUAAUUGUCAAAAAAUUAUUUAAAUUAGACAAGAGUUUAUAAUUUAUAAUUAAGCAUCACCUGGAUUGACAAAAGGCACCAUCAAAACAUCAACAAUGUUGUUGGCUAGAUUAUCCAUGUUGAGCACUCGCCUGCAUGCUCCAAUAAUCCACCAAAAUGUCAAAAUAAUAAAUCAAUUUUUGUAUGUUAAAAAACCAGUUCAAAUAUCAAACUACACAACUGGACUUGAGCCAAAAAAUCCAGAUGUUUUUGGUGAUUUAGCUGGUAAUAAAUUUGAACAAAUUGAACUUGAUGAUGAUGAGCAAGAACUUGAAAAGUUUGAAACAAAUGAACACUGUGUACCAAAAAGACUAAAACCAAGACCAUCACAAUAUGCAAAAAUGAUUGAACAACAUCGUAACAAAGGUGACAUGUCAUCAGCAAUGAAAGUAUUGGAUCUUGUAAAAGAAAAUCGUGACAAGCCAACCUAUCACAUGUACAAUCUUUUAUUAAAAGGUUGGGCUGAUCAAGGAGACAUACGUAUGUGUUUAAAAUUACUAUCAAUUAUGAAAAAAAAACAGCUUAAAAAAAGUGGUGCAACAUAUACAAGUGUCUUGAAUGCUUGUUCAAAUUCAAACAAUCGUGAAAAAGCCUUGGAAACACUUGCAAAUAUUCGUCUUGAAUUAAUUCAAAAUGUUGCAAAAUUAGAAGAAGCCCAUUAUAAUGUUAUGAUUAAAGCUUAUGGUAAACAUAAUUGUCUUGAAGAAGCAUUUUUACUUGUUGAUGAAAUGGUUGAUAAAAAAAUGAAAAUAAGUGAAAUUACAUUUAAUUCAAUGAUGUAUGCAGCAAUAAGUGAUGGAGCAAAUGGUUUACGUUAUGUAUUAAGAGUUUGGCAUUUGAUGCAAAGAUGGAGAAUAAAACCAUCAAUAUCAACAUAUAAUUUAUUAUUACGUGCAAUAAGAGAUACUAAACUUGGUGAUUUAAAAGUCAAUGAUUUAUUACUUGAACAUAAUGAACGUUCAAGAAUAUUAUGGAGUGAUUGUUUAACACCAGAUUUAUUGGCAAAUCCACCAGUUGUCUCUAGCUUGGUUGAUGGUUUAAUCAAGAAAAAUUAUAUCAUGGAAUCAGCACCAGCUGUUGGUGAUACAGCAUUAUCUGUUAUUGAAAAUGGUAGUAAUACGAAUAUUGAAUUAGAAGCAAUACAUGAGAAAAAUAAAUUGAUAUUAUUUGGUGGUUUUAGUGGCUUUAUUGAACGAAUGAACAAAGAUAAUGUUACACCUGAUGCUAAGACAUUAACAUUGAUGUUGAAUUGUGCACCUGAAUCAUUGGCCAUUGAAAAUAAUCUCAUUGAAAUUGCUAGGUUUAAUAAAAUUAAUUUGGACAUUGACUUUUUUAAUAUGUUAAUUAAAAAAAGAAGUUUUAGAAGAGAUUAUAAAAAUGCUAAGGAAGUUUUAAAUGAUAUUCAAAGGAUUGGUGUACAUCCUGAUGUUAUAACUUGGGGUGUUCUUGCAUUGGGAUGUCAGUCACAUGAAGAUGCACUUGCACUUCUUGAAGGAAUGGAUGCAACUGGACACACAUUGAAUACUGUCAUUGCUGGUGCAUUGAUUGGUAAUGCUUGUUCUACUAAUCAGUAUAAAUAUAUUCUUGAUAUUAUGAGAAUAAUGAAGGAAGAAAAAGUUGCACCCAGUAAACAUUUAUACAAAAUUAUUGACAAGUUUAUCAAUAGAGUUGAAAAUAGUUUAGUUGAAAAGAAAAAGAAAAUUAGUCGAGAGAAACUCCAACGAUUUAAAGAGAAUAUUGAAUUAUUCAAAAAAGACUAUGAAAAAUGGAAAAAAAAUUUUGACAAUUAUACAGAAAAAACCCAUUGAUUGAUGAUUUACUUGAAAUUGAAAUUAUUGUUUAUUUAUAUUUAAAUGUGUAAAAUAAAAUUGAAUAAUAAAACAAAUUUUUAUGAA